AUGCAUUGCGGAGGAAUAUGGCUGACUUUGGACGAGGAGUGUCAUCCCUACAAGAAUGAAUGCGCUCACCCUCCUGUGGUAUCUGACCAGAUGGCAGGAAUCGGGGCCAAACGUGAGGGGCCACAGUUCAUCAGUGAGGUGGCUGUGAGGGGUAACGCCGCCGUGCUGGACUACUGCCGGACGUCAGUGUCCGCUCUGUCCGGAGCGACGGCUGGCAUCCUGGGGCUGACGGGACUGUACGGCUUUGUCUUCUAUUUCCUGGCUUCUUUUCUCCUCUCGCUGCUGCUCAUCCUCAAGGCGGGGCGGCGGUGGAACAAAUGCUUUAAAUCGCGGCGGCUGCUCUUCACCGGAGGCCUUGUCGGGGGUCUUUUCACAUACGUCCUGUUCUGGACUUUCUUGUAUGGAAUGGUCCAUGUAUACUAA